AUAGAAAAGAAAUGGAUACCUUGAGCUCCAUAUUUCUAUGUCUAAUCUUUGCCUGGAUCUGCAUCCAACUCUUGCAGUACUCACUUGCAGGGAUCAGAAGAAACGACAUAUCCAGAAAGCUUCUUCCACCGGGACCAAAGCCAUUUCCAUUGAUUGGAAAUCUAUUUGAGCUCGGAGACAAACCCCAUCUUUCUUUGACCAAGCUUUCACAACGCUACGGCCCCAUAAUAAGUCUGCAACUUGGCCAAUUAACCACAGUUGUAGUAUCAUCAUCGUCUCUAGCCAAACAGAUACUCCAAAACCAUGACCGAAUCUUCUGCAACCGAACCGUCCCGGAUGGAAUCCGGGGUUCCUGCAAUCAUAGCCAGUACGGCUUGCCCUGGCUACCUGUAUCACCAAAAUGGAGAAACCUUCGCAAAAUAUCCAACUCCUAUCUGUUUGCUGCAAAAGUUUUGGAUGCCAAUAAAGCCAACCGGCAAGUGAAGGUGCAACAGCUCAUUGAUGAUGUUUGUGAAAGCAUGAGUAAGGGUGAGGCAGUCGACGUCGGAAGGGCUGCUUUCGCAACCACGAUGAAUCUGCUAUCCGGGACUAUCUUCUCAGUUGAUCUAGCUGAUCACCCGAGCAGCGACGCGGCUAGGAAGUUCAAGGACAACUUUGCAGGUAUAAUGGAGAACGUAGGGAAACCAAACUUGGUGGACUAUUUUCCUUUGCUUAGGAAGCUUGACCCCCAAGGCAUAAAGCGACACUUGACUAAGUAUUUCCGGGAAACAGUAGUCUUCUUCAAUGGCAUGAUCGAUCAAAGGUUGGAAUCAAGAAAACGGCACCAGUAUGUCACAAGUUGUGACAUGUUGGAUAUCCUCUUAAACAUCAGUGAAGAGGGAAAUGAGGAUAUGGACGAGACGCAAGUUAAACAUUUGCUUCUGGACCUAUUUGUUGCCGGCACAGAUACAACUUCAGUCACACUGGAGUGGGCGAUGGUUGAGCUACUACGCAACCCAGAAGUCAUGUUGAAAGCUCAAGCUGAGCUUGAGGAGGUGAUUGGAAAAGGGAAACUAGUUGAGGAAUCUGUUAUUGUUCAUCUCCCUUACUUACAAGCAAUACUCAAAGAAACAUUUCGGCUUCACCCGGCAGUUCCGUUGCUUCUUCCACGAAGAGCUGAAUCAGAUGUAGAAAUCGGAGGGUACAUUGUCCCAAAGGGUGCACAAGUUCUAGUCAAUGUUUGGGCUAUAGGACGAGACCCUGGCACCUGGGAUAACCCUAGCCAUUUUAAGCCAGAGAGGUUCUUGGGAUUGGAGAAUGAGAUUGACGUUAUGGGAAGAAACUUUGAGCUCAUUCCAUUUGGUGGCGGGAGGAGAAUUUGUCCGGGGUUGCCUUUAGCAACGAGAAUGUUGCAGUUGAUGCUAGGGUCACUUAUUAACUGCUUUGAUUGGAAGCUUGAAGAUGGAGUUGUACCUGAGACUAUGAACAUGGAGGAGAAGUUUGGCCUCACCCUUCAGAUAGCUCAUCCUCUCAGAGCUGUGCCCAACAAGUCAUAAUUGUUUUCUGUAAUAUUUUAAUUGUGAAGAAAAUCAAUAUCAUAAGGAGUGUACACGCUUCUGUCUUCCGAUUAGUAACUUCUAAUAAACAAACCCUUACAUAAGCAGUGGAUAUCUUCGGCCUUCU